GCCGAAACUUUCUCGUCCAAGAUGGUUUCUCGCGCGAUAUCGCCGAGAGACGGAUGUCGCUGGCGUAGCUGUCGCUACGUGGUAUUUCGAGCGCGCAACGUUUGGCGAUCUUUGUCCGAAAUGUACGAGAUAUAAGAUCGUCGACUAAUCGGAAUAGAUCGAACGUGCGAUGAUAUUGUCGAUUAAUGUCUAAUUUAUCCUGAUACUGACUAAAGAUAGAAUUAUUGAUUUAAAAAUAGGAUGGACGAUCGAAGUUGCAUCGAGUACGUCUUUCUUAUCGUUGAGCGUCUUUCUUGUACCUCGUCGUUUAUGGUUGUACUUACGAAUCAGAAGUUGUUCACAGGCGACGAAGAGAAACGUUGUCGUCUCCGAAGACCACGUUUCUAUCUCCGAGGUUUUCUCAGUGAAAUAAUUUUCAUCGGAAGUUAAUUUUUUUUUACGGAAUGGUUGAGCGAGAGUAAAUGUCGUUUGAGAAAAUUACAAAUAUUUCACGACGGAAGAUACGUUUAAUUACGUUUAAUUUACAAGUAUUUGAAGAUUUGACGUGAAACAUGUUUUAUCAUCAAAACGAAAGAACUUGUGAAAAAAAAGACUGACAACUCGGUCGCGUUACCGUCGACGAUAUCGUGCCGCGUAUACCAUCGUCGAUCGAUUCUUAAAAAGUAUUCCAAGUAUCGUUACGGAAUUUCAUUGGAACAUGAAAUUUUAUUACAUCCUAGAUACUUUGGACCUCAAUUGUUAGAUACUGUGAAACAAAAACUAUAUACCGAGGUAGAAGGUACUUGUACAGGAAAAUAUGGCUUCGUGGUUGCUGUAACGACGAUAGACAAUAUUGGUGCAGGAAUCAUACAGCCGGGACAAGGUUUUGUCGUAUAUCCGGUUAAAUAUAAGGCUAUUGUAUUUAGACCGUUUAAAGGAGAAGUAUUAGAUGCUAUAGUGACGCAAGUUAAUAAGGACUUGUAUGUAAUUGAAUACAAUCAUUGGCUCUGCGAUGCAAGUUUUACACGUUGAAGUGAUAUUUUUUUGAAUAUUUGUUAUUGAUAUUUGUAUGAGGUAAUAAAUUCUAUAUAUAUAUAUAUAUA